GGUUGUACAGUUAAGAAGCCAUAAGUAUAUUCUCCUGCUGUUGGGAAACUUGCAGGAAGCUCGGUAUUUCUAAAAAUGCCUAACAAAGCUCAAGAGGAUGCUGUGACCAACCUGAGGACGCUGCAGGAGAUUUCCCAACAACUGGGUUUUGAAUGGGCAGUUCUGGCAUCUGAACUUGGUUUCAGCAGGGCUGAAAUACACCAGUUCCACACCAAAUCACCAGAGAAGAGCGAACAGGCCAGGCUCAUGCUGGAAAGAUGGUAUGAGCGGUCAUGGGACAAGCCAAAUAAGACCAAAAUACUCCAAGACGCACUGGAGCGAGCAGGUCGGCGUGACCUCGCAGAAUGGCUGCGCUGUCUCCACUGGGGUCAUCAGAAGUUGAGUAAAAAGGUGGAACUGCCCUCAGCAUUCCCUUUCAUCAUCACCAUCCAUAAGACCAUCCGCAACCAAGACGCCCUGCGCAGAAUCAACGACCUCAGCCGGAGAUUCACCUGAAAAGACGUGGCUUUUGCAUACAAAGGCCAUGUAUGCAGAUCUGGUCAUAUUUAUUACUGAUCUUACAUUACAUGCAUAAAUUAUAAACCUAGACCAAACACUGACCAAACAACAGAAGCAUCUUAUAUGGA